AUGAUAAACAGUACAUGUGGGCACAGCCCUGAAGCCCAUGUGGGCACAGCCCUGAAGGCCAACCCUUUAGAGGUGCUUCCCAUGCAGAGGGAAUUCUGCAGGAAAAAAGUAGGCGUUGAAGCCAGACAGCCAAAUUCUGCCAUCAAGGAAGUAUGUCAGGGUCCAGCUGAUCAAGAAUGGCAAAAAAAACCCAUAGCCUUUGUACCUAAUGAUGGUUGUUCGAAUUUUAUUGAGGAAAGUGAUGAAGUUCUAGUUGCUGGAUUUGGUCACAAAGGUCAUGCUGUUGGUGAUGUUCCUGGGGUUUGCUUUAAAGUUGUCAAAGGAACCAAUGUCUCUCUUUUGGCCUUAUACAAAGACAGGAAGGGAAGACCAAGAUCAUAG